GUAUCCAACAUCAACAUCAACAUCAACUUCAACUUCAACUUCAACAACCACAUUACAUUACCCAACGUUCAUCAUGACCAAGAAUUACCCCUCAAUCACUAAGCCUAUGAUUAGUCCACCAAAGAGACAAAUUAAUCUUCUGAGAGGCUGGCCUCAUACUUCUCUCCUUCCUACUGCGUAUAUCCAGAAUGCAGCAAACAAAGUCCUUACAAAUCCAGAUCUAGCUAAUCCGGGAUUAUUGUAUGGACCGGAUCCGGGACCAUCAAAUAUGAGGGAGAGCGUGGCGAUAUGGCUUCGAGAAUUUUACUCUGAGUAUUAUCCUUCCUCUGCCUCCAACUCGGACGAAGAAAAUAACAAUCGAAAACUGUGGAAUAAAGAUAAUCAAGGUACACUGACAAGUCCAGAAGCCGAUAGGAUAUGCAUCACGGGAGGAGCAUCGCAAAAUCUAGCGUGUAUAUUGCAGACAUAUACGGAUCCACUAGUUACGAGAGUGUGGAUGGUUACGCCCGGGUAUUUUUUGGCGGGGAGAAUCUUCGAUGAUAGUGGGCUGCGAGUUAGAGCUGUUGGGGAGGGCGAUGAGGGGGUGGACUUGGAAGGAUUAGAAAGUAUGAUGAAGGAGACUGGCAAGGAGGAUAGAGGUGUCGAGCCUAUCAAAGACUCAAAAUCGAGGCCAUGGGGUAAGAUCUAUAAAAAUAUUAUCUACUGUGUCCCAACAUUUUCAAACCCGUCUGGAAAAACAAUGACGCUGUCUUGUCGCACUUCUCUUGUUAAAUUGGCUCGCGAAUACGAUGCAUUAAUCGUCACAGACGAUGUUUAUGAUUUUCUCCAAUGGCCCACUUCAUCAUCUACCUCUGAGGCUCCUCUUAAAAAGGCUUUACUUCCCCGCCUCGUCGAUAUCGACCGUACACUUGAGCCCAUUCCCGAUGUAGCCAGUUUCGGAAAUGCAGUAAGUAACGGUUCAUUCAGUAAAAUAGCGGGACCAGGUGUUCGAACCGGAUGGGUCGAAGCAACUCCUAAAUUCGCGUUAGGAUUGAGUUUGGUGGGUAGUUCGAGGAGUGGUGGAUGCGCAAGUCAGUUGACUGCUACUAUUGUUGAUCAGGUUUUAAGAUCGGGAGAUUUGAUGAAACAUAUCGAGGGGACACUUCAGCCUGCUUACAAGGAGAGAUGCGAGAGGAUGAUGAGCGCGAUUAAGAGGGAAUUGGGCCCAUUGGGUGUGACAGUUGAGAAUACGGGUAUGGAAUCAGGGGAAGCAAAAGUUUUUGGAGGCUUUUUCAUUUGGUUGAAUUUGCCAGGUGGAAUUGAUGGAGAUUUGGUAGCGCAGAUGGCAUUAGAAGAGGAGAAUCUCGUGGUAGCUAAAGGAAGCAUUUUUGAGGUGCAAGGGGAUGAGAGUGUGAAAUUGCCGAGGGGAUUGAGACUUUGUUUUGCGUGGGAAGAGCUGGAUGAUUUAGAAGAGGGUGUUGUGAGGUUGGGGAGAGUUGUGAAGAUGAUUUUGCAAGGACGUGGUCUGAGAAGUGGAAGUAGAGGGGGGGAUGGAAAGAGCCUUGCGGAGUUCAAGUAAUUGUGAUAAGAUCAGAACCAGGUAAUUCUGAAAGACAUCAUUUUUUUUUCUUCAAGGAAAUCGGCUACAAUCAAUAUCUGGCGAGUGAUUAUACA